AUGGGAAAUAAGCAUUCUCAAGGAAAGAAGAGCCAUGGAGGGGAAUAUCUUAAAAGAUCAUCCAGCCAAACACCAAAAAGCUUUUCCUCCAAUCAGCAUUCAUUGGAGAAAUCACGUCAUUCCUCUUUGGCUAAUUUAAAACAUCUAUUAAGAGGUAAUUCAAAGGAAACGUUGAAACAAGUUUUCAAGAUGGCAGAGACCAUAAAUAAGGAUGCAACCAUCGUUGUGACAGCCCAUCCAAUGACAACAUUUGGCGAUUACGACUCUGGGAGAGAUCAAAAAGUUCCUCAAAAGAAUGCUUGUGUCAAUGCUCAUGAUCAGGUUCCAUUUACGAGAUCACGCUCCUCUGCUCUUAUUAAUGCAAUUCUCAUUAAGAAAUUAGAGGAAGCCAAAUACCAACAACCUCCAAUCAAAAGUCCUGAAACUCCACAUUAUGACACGGCAAGACAAUUAAUGUUCCACAAAGAGGAUGAAAAGUUACCAUCUUCAUCAUGGCAAGAUGUCUGUCCAAUUGGGUUUGAUCCUCGUUCUCCAACUCCUGACGUUGCAAGAACUCCAAUCAAAAAACAAGGUUCCAUGAUCACCAGAGAUCUUGACGUGAGAGAAUUGAACAAGUUAAUUGAUUUGAAUGCAAUUCCAUUUGAUGACGAACAUUUGAGAUUACACUCUCAAGUAGCAUUCACUCCAACGGAUGGUAACAUGUUGACCUCAUCAGGAAGAAGUAUUAUGGAUGACGAUGGUGACGAACAUAACGAAGAUGUGCCAGUGAUGGAAGAAACACAAAAAUCUUCAAAACCAGCUCCUAAAAAGGUGACCGAUGUAUCAAAUGAUGAUUUGAGCUUUUCAAAACGCAAUAGCUUCGUCUUGCCAUCUCCUAUCCUUGCAUUUGAUCCAAGUAAGAAGCAUCGUAAAUUACCACCUAACAAUAAGGAAAUCCUUGAUAUACCAAUGUUGAAUAUUGAAUCAAAAGAUGACAUUCAAGCCAACAAUCCACAACUCCUGGUUGACCAAGAGUUGGUGACACCUGCAGCCAAUAACACUCCAUCCACACAAGGUAUUCAAGAAAUGGGAACCAUUCCACCCGAAAGUUGUGAGUUUCACAAAGAAGAUGACUUUGAAAUACUACCCAAUGAUAUGAACAAUAAUACAGAUGAGCCGCUACCAUCGAAUGGUCCAACCAUCUCAAUGAAAAAGAUGCCUUCCCUUAAACCUGUUCCCUUCAUGACACCACAACCAUACCAUGGAGGCUACAUGUCACCCUCUCCCUUGCAUAGAGCAGCAGCUGCUGCCACUAAUUCAUCACCAUUAUUUGGUAAUCACAGUCCAAGCUCAGAAGAAGCAUGUCCUUCAUCCAAUUCUGAUUCCACUACAGAUAGUACUAUUAGUUCUGUAUAUGCUACUCCAACAACACCAACACGGAAUGAUCAUAAGGAAAAUUAUUCAAACAAACAAGAACCCAUUUUCACAAAUAUUGCUGUCAUUACAAACAAUGGAGCCAAGUUUUUACCAAAGCUAGCUACCAAUAAGGAAGUCUCAUCACGAACAAAUCAUAGAGAUCACGCAGCAACAGUAGUCGCCACUAAACAUCAUCCUCCCCAUCAUUUAAAAAAGAGCUCGAAGAGUCCUUUGAAAGACAUUUCCAACAAUAAUUUCAACAAUUACAUUAGAUGA